AUGUAUAGCAUGAUGAUGGAAACUGACCUCCACUCCCCCGGACCCCAAACCAACACGUCCACGGGGCAGACGGGGUCGAACAGUGGGUCUAAAGCAAACCAGGACCGGGUGAAGAGACCAAUGAACGCGUUCAUGGUUUGGUCCCGCGGUCAGCGGAGAAAGAUGGCCCAGGAAAACCCCAAAAUGCACAACUCUGAGAUCAGCAAGAGACUGGGCGCCGAGUGGAAGGUGAUGUCCGAGGCUGAAAAGCGUCCGUUCAUCGACGAGGCGAAGCGGUUGCGCGCCAUGCACAUGAAGGAGCAUCCGGAUUACAAGUACCGGCCGAGACGGAAGACCAAAACUCUGCUGAAAAAGGACAAGUAUUCCCUAGCCGGUGGACUGCUUUCUGGAGCCGGGGGCGCCGGUGGAGUUGGUUUAGGGGUCGGCAUGGGUUCAUCUGGGGUCGGGCAGAGGUUAGAGAGCCCUGGGGGCCACGGAGGCUCCGCUGGCUCUGGUUAUGCACACAUGAACGGCUGGGCUAACGGUGCGUACUCUGGGCAGGUCGCUGCGGCCGCGGCGGCGGCGGCGAUGAUGCAAGAGGCUCAGCUCGCCUACAGCCAGCACCCGGGGAGCAGCGCUCACCACCACCACCACGCACACCACCACCACUCGCACAACCCCCAGCCGAUGCACCGCUACGACAUGACGACCCUGCAAUACAGCCCCAUCUCGAACUCUCAGGGCUACAUGAGCGCCUCUCCGUCCGGCUACGGGGGGAUCGCCUACACGCAGCACCAGAGCUCUGGCGUCUCCUCUUCGGCCGCCAUGGGGACGUUAGGGUCGCUGGUGAAGUCGGAGCCGAGCGUAAGCCCUCCUGUCAGCACACACUCACGGGGUCCUUGCCCCGGAGACUUGAGAGAGAUGAUAAGCAUGUAUUUACCGACCGGAGAGCCGGGGGAGCCGUCAGUGCAAAGUAGACUCCACGCCUUGCCGCAGCAUUACCAGAGCGCGACGGCUGGAGUCAACGGGACGGUCCCGCUCACACACAUUUAG